UGCAUGCACCUACCUGGCGCCGACAGGGUCAUGGUCAUGCUGAAGACGGGAGCGACAGAGCUGUAUCAGAAGCUGCCCGCGCACUUCAUCACCACUUUCAAGUGUGUGCCCAAUUUCAUGGUCUUCUCCGAUCUGAACCAGAGCUUCGCCGACGUCCCCAUCUACGAUGCGAUCGCGCCCGUCAGCAAAAAGAUCCGGCAAGAGCAUGAGGACUUUAAGCUGUAUAGAGACAUUGAAAAGUGGCAGCGCGAAGGCCAGGAUAUGAGCAAGCUGCAAGGCGACAAUGGCUGGAACUUGGACAAGUGGAAGUUCAUGCCCAUGUUCCAUCAAGUCUUUGAGACGGCCAGCGACGACAUCGACUGGUUCGUGAUGAUGGAGGCAGAUACGAGCUUGUCGUGGCUGAAUUUACUCCUUUGGCUCCAGACUAUGGAUCCGAAGCAGCCAUACUAUCUGGGCGCACAGAAUGUGAUCGGCCAGACGGAAUUCGGUCAUGGAGGCAGUGGCAUUGUCGUGUCGAGGAAAGCAGCAGACGUCCUCGAGGCAGCGCGCUACAACGCAGGUAAAGAGGUGUAUGAUCAGCAAUGGGAGGAGGAAAUCGCCAAAUCCUGCUGCGGAGAUGAGAUUAUCGCUCGCGCAUUCCACGCCGUAGACAUUCCUCUCACCCACGCCUGGCCACUCAUCCAGGGCGAGACGAUCAGUACCGUCGACUUCACCGACCACCACUGGUGUACGCCCCCUCUCACCUGGCACCACGUCAACCCCAUCCAAGUAGACUCAUACUGGCAAUUCCAACUCGACUGGGCGCACGAACACGGCUGGAACAAACCCUACCUCUACAGAGACGUCUUCGAACGCUUCCUCGCCCAACACGUCUCCGUGAACCGCACAAGCUGGAAUAAUCUCUCCAAAGACAAGAAAUUCGUCGCUCCCGCGCUCGCCACUGACGAGGAUCCGGAUUUCUACCUCUUGGAAGACUACCAACAACGUGCCAUCCAAUCCGAAGAACUCUGCGCGGAAGCCUGUAUGCGCGAGGGAGAGGGCGAAUGUAUUCAAUGGAUGUACACGCCGGGCAGAUGUCACUUGGGGAAAGAUAUUCGCUUCGGGCAGAGUGAUGAACGAGAAGAGGAGCAUUGGAAUUGUGGCUGGAUACAGGAUCGCAUUGCACAGUUCAAGAAGAGACACAAGUCGUGC